AUGACGAUAGAUGACGCUGAUUUGCUGGACCUCGCGAUUUGGGUCGCGUGGAAGAAGAGAAUGGUUGGUUUUCGAAUCGAUGAUUAUGGGAUUCGUAUCAAGAGAGGGACAAGAACUGGGUUCGUCAUGUUUCUGGCUGCCUUGCUUGGUUUUAACAUUGCUGGUCCAUGGGGAGCUUUGAUACUUGGCACAUGUGCAGCCAUGUACGCAAUAGAGGUGAUAUUCAACGCAUCUGAGGAUGAGGGCGUGAGCAUAUCGGAGUUCCUGUUGUUUUCCGACGAGUUUGGCGAGGGUCAGAAGAAGAAACUCACAGAUGCAGUGAGAAAUGCCAUAGUUCAAUAUGAAUCAGCGGAGUUUGCAGUUCUCAGCGAAAUGGUUGGAGCAUAUGAAGCUUUGCAAGAGAAGGUGGCCAGGACGAUUUACCAGUUUUUGAAGGAAUAUUUGUGCUUCCAUGUCAUGACUUUUCCGGAGGGACGUUAAUUGUUAAUAUUUUAACCCUGUGGACAUUGACAAUAUUUGUGUCUGUCAUCUGUGAUAAAUGAGUACUAUUCUAGCCGCA